CAGUGAUUAGCUACAUAGUUAUUUGGCGACAUCAAAUACAACGAACGUGUCCUGUAACUUUACCCUGGAGGAGUAUGCCUGUGCAUCGCUGAAAGACUUCACUGCAGAACACCUGGUGUCUCUUCUGAAAUGUAACCUGCCCGGCAGCUCCUCUCACUCUAAAGAGACGUGGAAGGUUCUCCUCACCAAACUGACCUCUGUCUUAGACCAAGCUCUGAACAUGUUCUCCAAUAUGUCCAAACCUGUCAUUGGUCCAGCAGUAUCCCAGGCGCUCGAUGUGAUUGGAGAGAUCCGGGUCAACAGGCUGACUGAGGAUCAGCUGAGAGACAGUGAUGUCAUCAGGAAGUGGUUCUCUGGGCGUCUGAGAGUGUUCCUGCCGUCUGCAUCAGGAGUGUUUCUGCACUGCCUCAGCACCAAGAACCUCAGCUGUGACUCGUAUCAACAGAUACUGAGGGAGUUCAGCAAUCAAUUCGACCAAAUGGACCAGAUGAGACAAGAGCUGGUGGUCAAAUACUUCAUCCAGCCCUUCCUGACCAAAAACUCCUCAGACUCUGGCUGUGUGUCCAACUCUAACAGCAGUGUGGACUGGUUGCAGAAGAACUUGGGGCCGUUCUCAGUUCUUGUGUCCCUCAGGGACCUGCUAGGAUUCAACACAGACUUCUCUCCUUUGUCAGCCCUGGAGGUUCUCUCUCCAAAGCAGACAGCAGAGCUGGUGGUGUUGCCUCUUCCUGGUCUUCCAGGGAAAGAUGUCAUCAUCAACACAGUGUUUGACUUCCUGUCUAAGUCACCAAAGGAGAGGAGACUCCCUGAGUUCCUGUACCACCUCGCCAGGCUCUCUGAAGAGAUGAUGCUACCAUGUGACAGCUUUAAGACCAUCUCUGAGCGUCUGUACCAGGUCUUACCGUCUCCAGAGAUGGAGCCAGUUAUUCAGGCCAUUAUAGACAACCUGAUGCAGACCGCUCCAGAAGAUUGCUUGCCGAUGAAUAUGAAGUGUCCAAUAACACCAGUGACAAUACCAGAGUCUGUGAAGGAAAUGCCAGGUAACAAGUGUAUCACCUGUAUCUAA